AGCUAUUAAUUAAACACAGUGAAUUAUGAAACUGUUGCUGAAACAGCAAAGAUCCAAUAGUACUCAUGGUUUCAUUUUAUUUUUUGAUUGUGUCUCUCACAUCUGUCAUACUUCAGUUGCAAGGAGGUUUGUCUGUAAUAUUCCCAGAAGCUGUGCAUGUUGUGGAAGGAGGUGAUGUUUUGCUAAAAUUGCUAAGGAGCAAUCCAAACCAAAGAUCAUGUCUUCUUAAAACACCAAACACAUCAGUUAUUUAUCCACUUAUAUCAGAGUUUGCUCAUCAUCAAAAUGAAAAUCAAAAGAUAAAAUAUUUUGGUGGUAAUAUACAUACAGAUUGUGGUGUUCGGAUUAAUAAUGUAACUGCUGAAGAUGUAGGGUACUGGCGACUUACUUCAAUAUCACAUAUUUAUGAGAAGGUUGAGGGUGCUUCGAAAAUAUCAUUAAGUGCUAGUUCUUCUUCAUCAGUGAAGCUUUUGGUUGGUACUAAGCCUGUUUUAAGCUUUGGUGAGCUCCAGCAUUGUACUUCAUAUUACACGACUAAUAAGUACAAGAAAAUUAAUGCAGAUGUUAAAAAUGCUUCUUGUACUAACAGUGAUGAACUUGAUUCUGGAUGGACACCUCAUAAAUCUUUAGGUGGAAGUUUAACACUAUUUUGCAAUUUGAAAUGCAAGGAGAGGCUAGCAUCUUGCUACUUUAUUCGUCUAUACGAUCAGGCAACAUUCAGCAUGGUUGAUGGGACUGGCAAUGGCCAAUACAGUUAUUUUGGAGAUGGACUUUGUUCUGGUCAUUGUGGUAUAACUAUUGAUUCUCCUCAGGAGAAGGAUUACGGCAGAUGGCAGUGCAUUGUUUUAACAGCUCACAGAAGAAAACCUCUCUCUUCUUUUAUCUCUAUUUCUUCAGAUAUGGGAGAUGUUGCUGCAGCUGAAAAAAUUCAAGUAUGGGAUGUUGGUUACACUGUUGUACUCUUGGGGCAACCACUGACAUUGAAAUGCCGUGUUGAGACACCAAUAAGUGAAUGUUCACUGGUUCAUCCAAAUGGUUCAACAAUUGUGCUUGACUCAAAAGAAGGGGCUUACAACAGUACAGAAAUGUGGAAAUAUGAUGGUUUUAGUCUUGAUGCAGGUGACUGUGGAGGGACACUGUUUGCUGUAACUGAGGAGGAAUCUGGAAUCUGGAAAUGUCAAAUGAAGACACUGAGGCCAACUAACAUGAUUUAUGCAUCACAGAUUCAGGUGAAAGUGACAAAAGUCCCUUUAACUGCGGUAAAUGAAGUGGUUGUGUCACAUGUUGGUGACAGUAUAACAAUAGGCUGUCAGCUGAUAUCACCUAUGUAUGUUAUGGAAUACUGUUCAUUUAAGCGACCUGAUGGAAUUGUAUUUGAACCUCUUGGAAAUGCAACAUUCUAUGUUCACAUUAUGGAAGCUGGUCUCUGUCAAUUGAGUAUCAAGAGUGUGGAAAUGAGGGAUCUUGGAGAAUGGACAUGUACAGUAAAGAUAAAACGUGAAGAAGAUGAAAUAUCAACCACUACCAUCAUUCGGUUUUCAGCAAACCCUUCAGUAGCUUCAGCAGGUGUGGGUGCUGCUGUUGGCAUAGCAGUUCUGGUAGCAGCAAUAAUUGGGUUACGCUUUAUACGAAGAGUCUGCCAACAAAAAAAUUCUAAUAUUACAGGGGAACAUCCUGAAGGAGAAGAAAUUGAAAUGCAGCAGGCAGAAUAGGUUUUCUUGCAUGUGCCUCCAUAACUUGGCAUGCUGAGUACUAUUGUCAAAGUGGGAAUGAUAGUUGAACAUAUAAAGCUCUAUUAUGGUAUUAUAAUUAACUGUUUUUAUGAAUUAUCAUUUAUUUAUGCACUGAAGAUUACUUAUGUCAUGCAAGCAUUUUCUUACCUGGCUACUAAUUUUCUUAAUUAGUCAAGACCAUUUGUCAUGUUUUUAUGAUCACUUUCAGAGCGACAGAGUUGUGCAGAGAAAGAAUUACUAAGUUUGUACAUUAACUGUCUGUAUUUUAUGCCAAUAAAUUCAUUUGGCUGCUAUUAGUAUUAUGCACCAUAUUCUGUGAAUUGCAGCAUGACAGAAUAUUUAUGAAUUUGAAACAAUUCAAGGAGUUCAUUAGUCAAGACAAGUUUGUACAUUAACUGUCUGUACUUUAUGCCAGUAAUUACACUAAUGCUGAACUAACCUGAAAUAUUAUCAUCUGUAAGAAUGGAAUGAAAUGAAAACCUUAAAAAAUACCCAUUAGGAAGAUGAUCAGCUUACCAGUUUCAUAGAAACUUAUUGUAUGAUAUUUCUAAGACAAAAACCAGUGAAUAACUAAUGGAA